UCUAUAUUUCAUGAAACGAAAGCUAUUCCAGAAGGACUCUCCGAAGCCCUUGCAUUCCACCACAAGACACCUUCGGCCCAAAAAAUCGGUGAUUCGAUCUUUCAGUUCAGACAUCGUUAAAGACGAAAUUUGUGGGGAGUAAUCAGCCAUAUGAGAAUAUCCAAAAACUAGGUUUUCAUGGGCGGAGCCCAAUCAAAGUAGAAGUUUGAGAUUCACUCAUUUCACAUCCGCACGGCCUAGGAUAUCGAGAUUUGGAUUUUUUGUUUGAUUUAAAGCUAAAAGAGAUGCUUUUCCCAGGAAAUGGAAUUCAUCCUAAUUGUUGAAGUGUUUUGAAAGUAAUAGUUUUACCGAUGGAUGCUCAAGCACAGAAGAAGGCUUUGUUUCGUAUGAAAUUGAAAGAGGCUGCACAAAAACGAGAGAAGCGUAUAGAUUCUCCUCUUGUAAGGUACAAUGAGUAUGAUCAACCGGUCUGCAGGGUUUGUGAUGUUACAUUGAAAUCUGAAGCUCUUUGGCCUGCACAUCAAGCUUCUCGUAAACAUCAUGAGGCUAUUAACAAUGUGAAAGCUACUGCUGCUGGAUUGAAUCGUGUCAAGGAUGUAAAAUGCAAUCCCCCUCCAGAGGUGGUACCAAAAUCUCGACCUGCAUCAUCACUGCCUGCAGAUUUUUUUGAUAAGCAUGAGACGAAAAGGCAAAAAGCCGGGCUUGGCGUUGGAAGCAAGAUUGAUCCCGUCGCUCUCCAAACUUCGGUUAAAAAAGUGGAUUUUUCUUCAACACCUUAUGGUGAAAGGAAGGAAGGUAGCCCAGCUGUGAGUCACCAUGUGGAUUUAUCUGAUUCAGUAAACAAGAAAGAUGUCUUGGAGACAAAGGAAAUAAUUGAGAGUAAGUCUUCCAGCGAGCUCAAUCAACCUUCAAGAAAGACCGAUGUGACAGAAGCCAAGCAAGUAAAGGGAGCUCUUCCUGAAGGCUUCUUUGAUAACAAGGAUGCCGAUCUACGUGCACGUGGCAUUGAACCUGUUAAAGUUGAUAUCAAGGAUGAGGUCAAAGAAUACGAAAAGGCGAUCAAAGAGGACUUGCAUGAAGUGGAUGAACGGCUGGAGGAAGAAGAGAUUGACGCUGCUGAGAUGAGAGAGGAGGCGGAAUAUUUCGAGAAUAAGGCUUAUAGGGAGAGAGUGGAAAUGCUGAAGAUAAAGCACAUGGAGUUGAAGACUGCAAGAUUGGAGCUUGAGAAGAAAAAAGGGCUGGUAUUCAGGGGUCAGGAGUUGAGCCUAGAGUCCUCAAGUGACAGUGACGACGAUGGAAAUUUUGCCGUUGAUUGGAGAGCAAAGCAAUUGUAAAUAUUCCUGACACACCACCCAUUCCUUUGGUUCGAAUCACAUGUAGGUUGAAUCUGGACUGUUGACAGUUCUUCUCAUUUCCCAUUUUUCACAUACAAGUUUUGCCUUCUAAAUAAGUGGGCCAACAUUAUUUUGGUCCCUGGCAUGUUAGCAAUGCGCCCUACCUAAUGAACGGCUUGAAUCUAGGCCCUUUUUUAAAGAUGACAUUUCGCAGUAGAAAAUCAG